AUGAUGCCAUAUAAUGUUGUUGAUAGAGAAGGGUUCCAACUUUAUACUCGAGCUUUAUGUCCUAGUUAUAAAUUACCAAGUAGGAGAACAUUGACGGAUAGAAGAAUACCAGAUUUGUAUAAAGAAACCAAACUAGUAUUUGAGAACAUAUUAUCAAAUUUGUCAUUCUUUUCACUUACCACUGAUUGUUGGACAUCGGUAUCUAACAAACCUUUUAUGACUGUAACUUGUCAUUAUUUGAACACAGAAUUUAAAUUAGAUAAUGUUUGUCUGGGAUGUCAAGAACUAAUAGAAAAUCAUACAAGUGAAAACUUAUCUGAUGCAUUGCAAUUAAUGUUACUGGAGUAUAAUAAAGAUAUUGAUAUAAGUAUUGGAGCAAUUACUACUGACCAUGGAGCGAAUAUAUUGAAAGCUAUUAAAAACGUUGAUGUUCCUCAUGUACCUUGCUUUGGCCACAGUUUUAAUACUGCAGUUAAAAAUGUUUUCAAACUAGAACAAGUGAAGUCUACUAUAGAUAGAAUAAAAUCAAUCCAAAAUAAUUUUGCCUACAGUUGGAAAUCAGUUCGAGAGAUGGCCAUUGAACAAAAAAUAUUUGACUUAAAACAAGUGAAAUUUACAUCAUAUUCCAAGACUAAGUGGUGGUCUAUGUUAGAUUUUAUUUUAGUUGUUUUGUCUCAAGAACCGGCCUUAGCAUCAUUCCUAAGAACAUAUAAUAACGGUUGUUUUAAAGAUCGAAUGAUUAAUGAACAUGAUGUGAAAAUUCUUAGGACACUGAUAGACGUUCUUCAGCCUAUUAGACACAUAUCUGAUAACCUUGCAGGUGAAUCAUAUGUUACAGCUUCUGCAAUACUUCCUGUCAUUAGUAUGAUUAAAGUUAAACUGACUGAAUGUGAUGCUGUAGCUGAAUUUGGCCUUACUGGUAAUGAAAUUAAAGAAAUGAUGGAAGCAAAUUGUAAAAAGGCUUGGACUCAUUGGAAAUCAAAAACAAUUGUGGAUUUUGGAUGUGAUGCACCACCAUCAAAAAAGAAAUUGACUGGUUUAUCAGCAAUUGUCAAUGUGGAAAUUGAACCUCAAUUAAAUCCUGGGGCAGAUUUAUGA